CAUAUAUGAGUUAUAAACGGUUUUAAAAAUAUCUUUAUAGAUGUGGAAUUAAUAAAGAAAGCUUUUGUAAUAGAUUAAGAACACGAAUGCUUUUGUCCUUGUAUUUUUUUAUGUUUUAUCUCGAUAGAUGAUAAGAAACAAAAUUGACAGACGUUUGUCUAUCAUCACAUCAAAUAAUUUAUGAAUUAAAUUUAAAAAUGGAGUGGUUAUUACCCUCCAAGCAUUUUAUUUUAAUUGGAAUUUUAAUAAUACUAUUACUUAACUAUGAAACUUCUGCAACGGAAACGUCGCCUAUGUCCAAAAAAGAACGAGAAGCUUUAAGGGAGGAAUCCCGUGACAUGUUCUACCAUGCAUAUCGAGCGUAUAUGGAAAAUGCAUAUCCUGCCGAUGAACUGAUGCCGUUAAGUUGUCAGGGUCGAUAUCGAGGUCUACAACCGUCUAGAGGAGAUAUGGAUGAUAUUUUAGGAAAUUUUUCUUUAACUCUCAUCGAUACAUUGGACACGUUAGUGAUACUUGGAGAUUUAGAAGAAUUUGAACAUGGUGUGAAAUUAAUAAUACGAGAUGUAUCCUUUGAUACGGAUGUUGUUGUUUCAGUAUUUGAAACAAAUAUUCGAGUUUUAGGGGGAUUAUUAUCCGGGCAUAUUCUUGCCGAAUAUUUAAAAGAAACUGCUGGAAUUUUGAAAUGGUAUCAAAAUGAGCUGUUGGAUAUGGCAAAAGAUCUAGGAUAUCGACUUUUACCAGCUUUUAAUACAACUACAGGAAUUCCUUAUGCGAAAGUAAAUUUAAAACAUGGUUUAAAAAUGAACCGUUUAGUAUCUCAUCGUGAAACUUGUACUGCUUGUGCUGGAACAAUGAUCCUAGAAAUGGCUGCAUUAUCUCGAUUAACUGGUGAACCAAUAUUCGAAGAAAAGUCUCAUCGUGCUAUGGAUGAAUUAUGGAAAAUGCGUCAUCGUAGUUCCGAUUUAAUGGGAACAGUUUUGAAUGUACAUUCUGGUGAUUGGAUUCGACGUGAUUCUGGAGUUGGAGCUGGUAUUGAUUCUUAUUACGAGUAUUGUUUGAAAGCAUAUAUACUUCUUGGAGAUGAUCGAUAUUUAAGACGAUUUAAUAAACAUUAUGAUGCAGUUAUGAAGUAUAUCAGCCAAGGGCCAAUGUUAUUAGAUGUACACAUGCAUAGACCUCAUACAAAUUCGAGAAACUUUAUGGAUGCAUUACUUGCAUUUUGGCCAGGAUUACAAGUUUUAAAAGGUGAUAUUAAACCAGCUGUAGAAACACAUGAGAUGCUGUAUCAAGUUAUGCAAUUACACAAUUUCAUUCCUGAAGCAUUUACUACUGAUUUCCAAGUACAUUGGGGCCAACAUCCUCUACGUCCUGAAUUUUUAGAAUCUACUUAUUUCCUACAUCGUGCCACAAAUGAUCCAUAUUAUUUAGAAGUAGGUCGUAAAGUACUUAAGAGUUUACAAAAAUAUGCAAGAGUGCCUUGUGGAUACGCUGCCGUAAAUGAUGUCCGGACUGGUUUACAUGAGGAUCGUAUGGAUUCGUUUGUUUUAGCUGAAACUUUUAAAUAUCUUUUCUUACUAUUUAGUGACGAAAAUGAAUUAAUACUAGACUUAAAUGAUUUUAUUUUUACAACUGAAGCUCAUUUACUGCCUUUAAGUUUAGCAAAGCCUACAAAUUAUACAAUUUCUUCGUUGAAUUUUGAUACGACCGAAGAUGAUGAAUCGAAUUUUGCACGAGUUUGUCCAGCCACAAUACAUUUGUUACCAGAAACAUUACGAAAACCAUUACGAAAUAUGGUUGAUGAUAUUUGUCCAAAGAAAAAAUAUAAUCGAAGAUUAACUGCAGCCGAAUUUCAAGUUACGGAUCCUAAACAUUUAAGUAUUGUCAAAGACAUGGGUAUUAAUAUUUUAUCGUUGAGCGAUGGAAGAAUACAGUUAUUACACUCUUUUUCAAGCGCAAGAUCUAUUUCGGAUGCAGAAGAUGGUAUGAUAUUUAUGCAAGAAAUGUUACAAUUGUCUCGUGCACAAGCUGAUCAACCUGAAGCAUCACCUCAAGGUGUACAUUUUAAAUUUGGAGAUUUCAAAGUGGUACUAAGUGCAGGCCCAAGUCAUUUUGGUCCCGAAUUACGUGGACAACAACAAGUCGUUGGACAAGUUGUAUUAGCUCAACCAUUCCGUGCUUGUGACUCACUAAAUGAUUCAAUAGAAGUUAAAAAUAAAAUUGUUGUAAUGGAACGUGGUGAUUGUAUGUUUGUGAACAAAGCUCGACGUAUUCAAAAAGCUGGUGCCAUCGCUGGAAUUGUUGUGGAUAAUGUUCCCGGAUCAUCAGCAGCAACAUCACCAUUUUUUGCGAUGUCAGGAGAUGGUGUCAAUGAUGUGAAAAUUCCAGUUGUGUUUUUAUUUACAGAUGAUGCAGUUAAACUUCGAUUAGCUAUGACAGCUGAUCCCACAUUAGAAGUUACCAUCGGUGAACUAACUUCAGUUAGUAAUGAAGGCAGCAAGACUGAGGAUACAGUUUUACAAAAAAUUAAAGUUGCCGUCGAUGAAAUAAAUACGAUUCGUAAUAAAAUGAAAACUACAAUCGAUGUAUCUAUUGAUAAUUUUCGUGCUGUGUUUUUAUAUCGAAUGAAAACAAUUAAAAUUCAAUAUAAAUCAGAAAAAUCGAUUACAGAUAUAACAAAAUACGAUGACGACGAUUCAAUUCCAGUUAAUCCAAAAUGGUUAUUAAUACGUGAUUUUAUUUUAGAAACAUUAUUUCAAGAUAACGAGAAAAUUUUUUACAUCACACCAAGUAUGCUGAGUUUAUGUUAUAAAGAAUACAGUGGUGCUUCCGAUGUUUUAGAAAGUGAACUAAAAACACAAAUUAUUUGGCUUUUAACUCAAUUACAAAAACACUUAAAUAAAAAUCCAAAUAUGCCGUUGCGUAACACAAAAACUAGCAAAAAUGGUGAAUUAGGUGAUAUUAAAAAUGUUGAAGAAAAUAUAUUAAAACAAUUUACACAAUUAUCAGAGAAAGUGAAUUCAUUACUAGAAGAAAUGAUUGGUAAAAUUGAAACGAAAACCGAAGGUUAUAUUGAAGGAGGGAGUACAACCGAUAAAAGUGGUGUUAUGAAAUCAUUAAAUGAUGAUAUCGUUAUUGAUGUAUCACAUUUACCAAAAGAAAUUAUUGAAAAAAUUGAAAAUUUAAAACAUAAAAUGAGUAAUAUAGGCAAAGAAACAACAUUAACUUAUCAAAUUAAUAGAAAUAUUGUACCAAACAAAGAUACCGAUAAUAUAGAAAAUGAAAAAGAAGAUGAAAUUGUUUUAGCGAACAGAAAGAUUAACGAUGAAUUGUGAUUGUAAACUCUUAUUAGUUUAUUUUUAUUGAAAUCAUCCAUGAAAUCGAGUUCCAUACUCAAAAUAAUUGUACACUCCAUCCAAACAGGUAUAACAAAGUUUUAGGGACGUCUUAAGCUAAUUUAUUAGUUCACAAUUAUAUGGAUACGUUAUAAAUAUAUAAAAAUUUCUUGGUCCAUGAAAUGUACAUAUUGUCCCGGUUAAAUAAAAAUGUAUAUUAUAUAUAUUUUAAGUCCAAAAUGAUUGAUUAUCUUUUUUUUUUGUUGCAAAUUUUUUAAGUUAUUCAUACUAGAAAUAUGAGAAACAAAGAUACCUGUGAUAAAUGUUAGGCAAUCAAAUUGUCUAGACAAGUCACAAAUUAUUUAGUAUAUAUAUAAAUAUCACACAUAUCUGUUUAGAUUCACUGGGUGUUUAUUUUAGGGCGUUAAAAACUUUGUAUUCUAGAAACAAGAGUGUUUUGUAAUUAUGGCAAACCCAUUGAGUUUAUAUAAAAAUGUUUUUAAACAAAGCUGUUUAUUUUUCCAAAAAAGCACAUUUUCUUCUGUCUUUGCUUUUUUCUUGUAUUUCUUAGAAGAUGGAUUAAUUUAUAGAAACAUUUCAAAAAUUCCUAUUUUAAAAUUAAUUUCUCUUAAAAGAGAUAAAACUUUAACAAAAUCUCGACUAAGCACCAUAAUAUAAAAUAAUGUCGUUCCUAAUUCAUAGAAAAUAUUAGAGUUCGUUCGUUCAAACCACCAAGUGGUACCGAGCAAGAGAGAGUGUAUGAUGUAUAAGUAUGUGUGCUCGUAUCUACACUCUCUCUUUUUUAGUGCCCCUUUGUUUUGAACAAACUCUAACAUACUUCUAUUACCUUUUUUUUUUUAAUAGGAUUAAGUUUUAUAACGUUUUAAAAUGAACACCCAGUAUAUUCAAUUUAUAUAAAUAGAAAAACAAAACUGUAUGAAAAUUUUAAAACUAAAUUGUACUUUUAUUAGUUUCAAUAUAAAAAAAAAUUAAUAGCGUCUUCCUGUAUAUUAGUCUGAUUUAAAUAUUUGUGUCAAAAGCGUUGUGCAAAUUGUAAAUACCUUUUCUAGCAUUCGAAAAAAAUAUUUUUUCCUUUUAUUUACAUAAAUAUUUAUAGGGGUGGGCAGUUCAACUAUUAUUGAGAUUACUUACGUUAUAGCUCUUAUAAUUUUACAAUAACAACUAAAAAUUUUUACCGAAAUACACCAGGAUUAAUCUGCUUACACAUAAAAAUUGAUUCGCAAUUCUUCGAAGUUUGAAUUUCAUUUAAAUUAACUCAGCAAAGCUAUUUUAAGUAAAUUAAAA